AACGCGACUUCUAUCAAAAAUUCAAGGAAGAAAAAAAGUUGCAAACAAAACAAAACAUUUUUGUUUUCUUUAAAAAAUCCAACAAAAUUUAUUUUUUUUUUUAAAUAAAUUACUAACUGAAAUUACCAUGAAAAGGUGUUCAUAUCAAGAUUGUGAUUCUGUUCGAUAUCCUUGUGGCAAUAUAACAUUUUUUGUAUUGCCAACCGAUGACCGACGCAACAUUUGGAUACAAAAUUCUGGAAAUAAAUCUUUAUUAAACAUUGGCGACAAAGCACACAGAUUUAUUUGUGAAAAUCAUUUUCGUGAAUGCGAUAUAAAGAAUCAAUUUACAAGGAAAACAUUAAGAAAACAUGCUGUACCAAUUGAAUAUAUUCCAACGAAGAAUUUAACAAAUGAACCGACCAUACUCAAUUUUAAUGAUGGAUCAACUAAAAUAACAAAUAAAAAAAAGAAUGAAAAUACUGAAUUUAAUGUGAAUUUAGAAGAAAUCACAACAAAUAAUCAAAAUCUUUUUGACGACGAUGUUGUCACAGAUUUUCAUACCUCGCAAACUAUUGACUCGGCAAUUGUCGUCAAUGUCGAUGAUGAUGAAAGUAACACUGCUCCAUACAGUUUGAUAGAUUUUGUUGAUGAUGCUGAUGAUUUACCAUCCACUUCAAGUUUAAUCUUGGAAAAUCAAGAAAAAGACGACACAAUGAAGAAAGAAAAACAACCGGACGAAGAGACUAUGGAAUUGUAUUUAGAAGAAAAUAGUAAUGAUAACCAAGUGGAUUCGUCAACACUUGAAUUAGAAAUGGAAGAUGAAUCACAAAGUAUUGAAAUAUUUGUUGGUGAUGAUAGAGCCAGAGAAUGUGAGCCUGAGGUUGUUCCAGCUAAAGAGGAAAGUCCUACUAAACUUGAAAGUGUUGUUGAAACAACAACAACUGAGAAUCCAAGUAAUAGUAACAACAGCUAUAAAGAGGACAAGCAUUAUGCUUUAUCACUUGUUGGAUACUUUCAACGACUACCGCAAGCUAAGAAGGCAUUGGCUAAAUUGAAAAUUCUUCAAUAUCUUACCGAAUUAGAAUUUGAUAUGCCACCGACUUUAUAAUAAAUAGAAAAAAGGAUGCACCUAAUUGAGAAA